GUUAGCGGAGUGAAGAUGACCCUGAGUUCUCACGCCUGCAACUGCAAGUGCCACCUGUCGUCAGUUACAUCAAUGCAGAGGCCAUCUUCCCAGGAGAUCAGUGGACAGGGCGAUGACCAGGAGAAGAAUAAGAUGUACAAGAAGCUAGACUUCCUCCGGAAGGCAUUGGCAGAUGCAGAGAUGAGACUCAGUCAGGCCUAUAAGGAGAUGGCCGAGCUGAGACGGAAGAGCCUCGCAGGAGAUGAUUCAGUGUCUGACAUGCCCAAAAUGGAGUCUGGUGGCGAGUCUUCGGGUGAAGAAGAAGACAAGACAUCCAAGGAGCCAAGUAAAGACAAGAAAAAGGUUGCUAAGGAACCAAAGAGAAAGAAAAAUGUUCGUCGGAAGUCCAUCAAACCAAAGCAGAAGAAAGACAAGUCCCUGCCUCCAAUCAGCCAGCCCAUUAUACCGGAGCCUGAGGUUCCCCCACCGCCAGAAUUUGAUGACAACCGAGAUAACGAACUGUGGCAAGUGGGAGAUAUACAGGGACGGCUGAACAUGCUUGUGACGGCAAUUACAUCGUAUGUGACAGACAUCGGCAAGCUGAUCUGGGGGGAGGAGGAGAAUGGCAAGAAGGCCGUUGUACAGCAGUUUCAGUUUGGCCAGAAGCUAGAGGACAAGGCCGUGAAGAACGCCAACAACAGACGUGCGGCUGAGCGCAGGCAGCGUCGAGACCAGGUCAUGCUGAAUGGACAGAGAGCAGUUGCCAUAAUCCGGGAGGUGUAUGACAUGUUAACAGCUGCUCUUGAGCUGCAGCACAGUGACUUUGAGGCAAUCUACCGUUCCUUCAAGCAACACCAGCAAAUCCGCGCAGUCCACCACGCCGCCAUGAUGGGUCGGCUUCCACAAGGAAACAACGUGGUCCGGAUGGGUAGCAGCGAGAAUGCCGUAGAGUACUACCUCAAGUCGUAUGGUGGGGGAGGAGGGGCUGGGAUCGCAGGAGGUCAGCGUGGCGCCUCUGGUCAACCCUCGAACUUGCUUCCAGUCGGGUCAAAGAUCGACCUGCCUCUGGCCAGCUCCAAGGCUUCACUCCAGUCUGGUAUGGGGUUCCGUAUUGAGGAUGGGAUGGUGUAUGGGAUGAUGAAGAGAUCCAAGUCUGAUCUUCAUCUCUACGAUGACACCAUACGACCUGGCGCCAUGCCACUGAUGACCGGGGAGAGAGCCCCUGUGUUCAUGAUGGCUGCCCAGGAACCCCGACAGGAUGUUGUCGGGGGCAACAAAGAAGAGGUUUCAUUACCAAUGGCAACAGUCCCUAAGAAAGGCCUAAUCAAGUUAACUGCCGUGGACCAGGAAUUGCCAGAUCAAGAAAUGUUGUCCAUGAAGAGAAAUGAACCUGCAUCGAAGAAGACGGUACAGAAGUCAUUGAUCAAGCGCAAGGACAUCCAGGAGCAGAUCCGGGCGGGGACCCAGAUGUUGGAGGAGGAGGAGAGGAGGAGGACUCAGGAUGAGUUGGAUGAGGGGGAGGUGCAUCUGGAGGACUACACCAUGGGGGAUCUGCAGACAGCUCUCAACAUGGUCCAGGAUGAUUCCAACUCCCCAGUGAUGCUGGAUCUGGAAGACAAAGAGAUGGCCAGGGACGGUCCCCCAAACCCCCCAAGCAGCCUCUAGUCACUGAGAGCAUCAAGCAGCAGACAUUCCAACUCCCCAUCCUUGGCAAGAGAUGAUCCUCCACACAGGGACAUCUGAAUCCUUUGCAGCAUCUGCAGCAUGUAUCUGACUAUAGCAGUUGAUGCCUCCCAAUGUUUUAACUGCUUUUACUUGUGAGAUCUUGUUUGUAUUUUCAUGGAUGUUAAUCUCAAGGGAUGAAGAUCCCGAGUGAGUAAUCUUUCAGAUGUGUGUUUAGAUGCAGAUACUGCUGGUGGAAGACAUUGAGGAUGUGGAUGAUGAAACUUGAGUAGAUUUCAAUGGAUAUGAUAUUCUACAUUUAAGUUAUUUUGUUUUCAAGUAUAUUUAUUGCAAACUGUUGCAUUCAUUGUUUCACUAUUAACAUGUGUGACAUGUACAAAGUGUCAUUUGAAGAAAGGUUUUAAAUGUGUCACUAAUUAAUACUAAGUUUCAGUAAGAACAUUAUCACAAGAAAUUAAAUAGACCUUUAUCUCUAAAUGUAAGUAAUUGUGCUGAUGUUUCAACAUAAUCUGGCAUGAGUUUAUGAGGUUUUCAUAACACCAAUUAUAUUCUUAUUCUCUCAUAAAAUAUGAUCCAAGAAUGGUGGGGUUGCAUUAGUUUCUAUAUUUAUGUUUAUUUAUGUUUGUGUUUUGCAUUAAUAAAUAUCCAGUAACCAUGGUGACAGGUGCUACUAGUGUGCAAUUUAUAGAUAGUAGUCUGAAAGAAGUACCUUCUGUUCUGUGUGUUGAAUUCCAACUGGCUAUUUUGUUAUAUUUAUCAUCAAAUUUUGUUUUUCCUGUUCUUAACUUUUGUAUACUUUGUUUGUUAAUGUUUUGUUGAUAAUAGUCUUCCGCUGUAAAUUGUGGGGUGCUCAACAUCAAACAGACACAAGUUACGUCCCUUAGAAUACACACCAUGUCAACUACAGUGUAUUGCAAGGUGUUUAUCUUUGAAUCUGUUUCAUUUGAAUCAACUCGUUGGAUCUGUAUUUGUAACAACAUCUUAAACAGUUCAGAUUAAAACAUGAGACUUAUAGUCCACUCAAGCUUUAUGAUGGAAAUAUGUGAGACCUAAAGUGUACCUUACACUUUUACUCAUAGCUUAGUGUUCACCAUGAAGUGCAAGUGUUAAUUUCUUUUAUUAUGUCUAUAUAACAAACUCGAAAACUGCCCUGUAUCCUUCAUAUUAGCAAUACAGUGUGUGACUACAUAUGGAUUCACAUGUAUCUGUGUUUGGGAAAAGUGUUUAAAUAUUUCUGUAAAAUCUGAGGUUGAUAUUUGGGAAGUUACUUUUAAUGUAAUUAAUGGAAAGAGAAUUAUUCUAAAAUGUAAAUGAUGUUUAUAGUACAUUUGUAUUGUAUAUAUGACAAACAUAUUCACAUUUUAUUCAUUAUGAUGUUCAGGUCUUCUGGCUUUGUAUUAAGGGUGUAUAUAUUUAUUGCUGUGUUGGUAGGCGAGUUGAAUCAUGUUAUUGUAAUUAAUGUACCUGCAAUUGUUUGUUAUUGUGAAUUAUAACGACCUACCUUUGGAUGAUGUAUUUAUCAACUUGUGUCACUGAAUGAGAAUGAAUAAAAUAUGCAAGCAUCA